CAAUUUAGUAGCUCUGAGACACUGGCGAGCAUUGCGCUAGCAUUUUGAUACGACCUCGCUUUCAGCUGAAUCCGAGCGAAAUGCACUUGACAUCCACGCUGAUUGGGCUCCUUAUCUGCGGCCUGGGGAUCGAGCUGCCCACGCGCACUGCCGCACAAUUCUGGACCCGGCUGGAUCCUGUCACGCAGUGGCGGAAAGAGGCUCUAGCCGAGAGGGGAUCCGGAAUCUGUUACAGGACGCUCACCGUGGAAACCAUCAAUCCCAACUCCAGAAGUCGUCAGAUCUCCUAUUGCUGCGAUGGUUAUGUGAAUAAGGGAACAAGCCAGAACCUGAAGUGCGAGCCCAUUUGCUCGGAGGACUGCUCCAAUGGAUUGUGUCUGGCGCCCGAGGAGUGCGAGUGUGCUCCGGGUUACUAUAGGUGUAACAAAAGGUGUCGUUUUGUCUUGGAUUAACAAAAAUAAAUAAUAUCAAUUACAAUAUUCUCUGA